AUGGCCACUGCACGGCUCCGGCUGUACGAGCCACCAAAGAUCGACGCUGAACUCCUCGCAUCCCUCUCAAAUUCCCUCAAGUCCCUCACUUCAGGUCACAACUCAGCUCUGGAUAUCUUUUAUCAGGCGAACGCUGCGCUGAAAUCAUGGUUCGACGCAUGGCUUGCAAUUCCCAUCUCUGCCUUUUACCCCUGCCCUCUCCCAAUGGCGUUGCAGCUGAUCUACGCGGUGGUGAUGAUGAGUCGCUGGGCAUGGCUCGCCGCAAGUAACAGUGAACCUUCAAAGCUUGCACGUAUUGCCGACCCGUCGAGCGAUAAUCCGAACGCAGCCCUGGCGGCGAUGGAGGCAGCCAUCAACCCCAACACUCCUGUCUCAAUCUCUACGCCUUCGACAUCUUCCAAGUCGCCUUCGCAGGAUCAGUCUGCACCGGAAACAAGUCUGCCUCAGGUCCUCGCUGAGCUGAGAGCCCAGCUAUCGAGACAGCCGGCGCUCUUGAUCGACGUAGCGGAUAUCCUCAACAAAGUGGCUACUCAGCUGGAGGAGGUCGACGCUACCAUGGCGGCGGUGUCUGCUGACUCUGGGCCGUGGAGGGGUAACAUUUACACUCUGGGUGCGACAAAGGUCAGGAUUGCACAAAUUAGACAGAGGAGGUGGGCCGAAAUGGUGUCCAAAGGAGAGGAGGAGGAGGAUGAAGAUGAUGAGGGUGGCGAACAGGAUGGAAUGGGCGAGGUUGAGAUGCAGGGGAACAUCCCAGCGAACUUUUCGACCAUGGGUAAUUGGGGAUUUGAUAUGGCCUGGGGGCCAGAUGUCUAUGACAUCGUUGACCCAUCACUGUUCAUGGAUGGGAUGGGCGCAUCGGUGGGAGACUGGGCUGGUGUUGGGUUUACAGGCAUGGCAUCGGCGGAGGACCUGGGCGGGACGCAUAUUCCAGGCCAGAGAUAUGUGUGA